AUGAACCGACCAGCAGAACAUAGCGACAUUGAGUCAUCAUGCAGUGUUGAUUCUUUUGUCCAAACUGUUUCUAUCUAUCUCUAUCUAUCUAUCUAUCUAUCUAUCUAUGAGUGCUUGCCUGUGUAUGGGUGCCGGGACAACGUGCUACUCACAAACCUCGUCUCUCUCUCGACUUUCUCACUCCUACAUCUUGCCACACCGAAGACAACUUGCAGACACCCUUUUGUGAUUUCUGUCUUGUCACCAUUCUUCCUGUCCCUAACACAACGAACAGUGACGUUGACGACACGGACAAAGAGGCACUCUAGGUAUCUAUCUAUCUAUCUAUCUAUCUAUCUAUCUAUCUAUCUAUCUAUCUAUCUAUCAGUCUCAGUGUGUUCAUUAUCUAUCUAUCUAUUAUUUUUUAUAUCUAUCCGUUUACAUUCUUCUAUCUAUCUAUCUAUCUAUCUAUCUAUCUAUCUAUCUAUCUAUCUAUCUAUCUAUCAGCCUUAUAGUGUUCGUUAUCUAUCUAUCUAUCUAUCUAUCUAUCUAUCUAUCUAUCUAUCUAUCUAUCAGUCUCAGUGUGUUCAUUAUCUAUCUAUCUAUUAUUUUUAUAUCUAUCCGUUUACAUUCUUCUAUCUAUCUAUCUAUCUAUCUAUCUAUCUAUCUAUCUAUCUAUCUAUCUAUCAGCCUUAUAGUGUUCGUUAUCUAUCUAUCUAUCUAUCUAUCUAUCUAUCUAUCUAUCUAUCUAUCUAUCUAUCUAUCUAUCAGCCUUAUCGUGUUCGUUAUCUAUCUAUCUAUCUAUCUAUCUAUCUAUCUAUCUAUCUAUCUAUCUAUCUAUCUAUCAGCCUCAUCGUGUUCGUUAUCUAUCUAUCUAUCUAUCUAUCUAUCUAUCUAUCUAUCUAUCUAUCUAUCUAUCUAUCUAUCUAUUUUUGGGGCACUUCAACAUGGUGUAAUGUAAAUAUCUAUCUAUCUGUUUGUUCAUUUCCAUUUUCAUGGAACGAUAGCAAGUACGCCCCUCUAUUCGUUUAUGUUUAA